AUGGACGAUGACCGCAUUGCGUUGGUAUGGCACUUUCGGCACGAUGGAAGCGGGCAUAUAGAUCACACGCUCCCAGAACAUCAGUCAGGCAGCCAGGCAGCUCGGAGACUCUCAUGCACUCAGACCUCGGGCCUCCUUGUGCCAGUCGGAAGUGGGGGUGUGGAGAGUCCAUCUGGGGACUGGCAUGUUGGAGGAAUGGAAGAGAAGCCCCCGGGAGAUGUGUGGGAGCAACAGCUCCUCUGGGGAUUCUGCUCUGACGUUGAAGUACAGCUGUCGCAGGAGCGGCCCGGCCCCUGCAGCGAAGGGCUCAGCCCCGCUUCCCUUCGGGCAUAUCCUCUCCUCUCCGUGAUCACCAGGCAGCCCACAGUCAUCUCUCACCUGGUCCCCGCCGCCCCGGGCAUCUCCCAGCCGCUGUCCCGCCACCCCGCCGCCACCGCCGAGGCCGCCCCUGCUGAGGUCGCGGGCGGCGAGCCUCUGGGCAGCAGCGAGUCAGAGACAGAGCAGCUCACUCCCCGGCAGAAGAAACCCCGCCGGAGCCGCACCAUCUUCACCGAGCUGCAGCUCAUGGGCCUGGAGAAGAAAUUCCAGAAGCAGAAGUACUUGUCCACCCCCGACAGGUUGGACUUGGCCCAGUCUCUGGGACUCACUCAACUGCAGGUGAAGACUUGGUAUCAGAAUCGCAGGAUGAAAUGGAAGAAAAUGGUUCUUAAAGGUGGCCAGGAAGCACCCACAAAGCCCAAAGGUCGUCCCAAGAAGAACUCCAUCCCCACCUCAGAGGAGAUUGAAGCUGAAGAGAAGAUGAGUGGCCAGGCCCAGAGCCAGGAGUGCCCCACGCCCUCGCAGGGACCGGAGGAGCUCUGUGACACGCAGGAACCUAAAGCAUGCGCUGUCCCCUUAGAGCUGGCAGAGCCCCCAGGCCAGCCGCAGGAGUUGCCAGUAGCCUCUUCCGAACCCCCACCAUCAAGCUAAAAUAAAACUCUUCGAGGGGAGGGGGAAACUGGGGAGAAGGGAAAGAAAGGAGGCAGGAGAACAGGAGAGAAAAUCUUCCCAAAGCCUGGUAAACUGAGGGCGAAGAGAGCCAGCCACCUGUCUCCCUCCCUCCCUCCCACAGGCCUCCUGGCGUUUU